UGUUAUUUUCAAAACACAUACAUACUUACCGUAUUCGUUUUACGCUCACGUCAGUAGACGCCCGAAUUCAGAGCAACUGAGAAAGACGGACAAAUAUUUAUUGAUUAAUAAUCUAAUAAUUGGAAGAUUGCGAUGACUGGCUUUAAAAAUAUUUGGUUCGUAAUAUGUACGAUUUUAAAAUUGAGUAUAUCCUCCCCUGCACCUCAACAAAACUUAAACGCACAGAAAAACAUUGAAGAAAUAUUUAGCAGUCGUUCUGAGCAACCAAAUAGUGGAAUUGGAUUAGUGGUUACGCCUGAUCCUAUAGACCCCUUAAGUAUACAGUCAAAUUUUAACUCCAUUAGUGGCAAAACUGCAGAAUGCAAUUGCGUGCCUUAUUAUAAAUGCGAUCCGUCAACGACUAGUGUCACUGAAGACGGUUCAUUUGACGGAUUUGGUGAAAUAGAUAUUCGAUUUAACGCUGAUGACCCAAUCUGUCCUUCAUCUGUAGACGUGUGUUGUGCUAACAAUAGGACGCGUAAUGAGACCUUAAAUCCCACGCCGUUGGAUCAAAGACCAAACCAACCACGAGGAUGCGGUAUUCGCAACACGGGUGGACUAGAUUUUACUCUUGCUGGGGUCACGCAAAAUGAAGCUGGGUUUGGAGAGUUUCCAUGGACUGUUGCUUUACUGCACUCUGGAAAUUUAAGUUAUUUUUGUGCUGGAUCUCUUAUACAUCAACAGGUGGUUUUGACAGCUGUACACUGUGUUGAGACUCACACAUCAGGAACCUUUACGAUUCGUGCUGGGGAAUGGGACUCACAAACAACGAAAGAGCGUCUACCUUAUCAAGAAAGAACGGUGCAAAAAGUUCUUAGACACCCACAAUACAAGAGCAGAAACAUAGCUAAUGAUUUUGCACUUGUAAUUCUGAGUCAACCGCUUAACUUAGAUGAUCACAUUAAUGUUAUAUGCUUACCACACCAAGAAGCUGUGCCGGCACCCUCCGUCACAUGCUUUUCCACUGGCUGGGGAAAGGAUGUUUUUGGUUCUUUGGGAAAAUAUAGCGUCAUAAUGAAACGUGUGCCCUUGCCCGUUGUGGACUUUAAUUCUUGUCAAGACCGUCUUCGACGCACUCGACUUGGACCAAGGUUUGCAUUGGACAGGUCAUUUAUAUGCGCAGGAGGGCAGCGUGGCAUUGAUACCUGCCAAGGCGAUGGAGGAGCCCCCCUUGUUUGUCCCGUUAAAUUAUCAUCUGUGAAUCGGUAUCAGCAAAGUGGUAUUGUUGCUUGGGGAAUUGGAUGCAACGAUGAGGUGCCAGCAGCUUAUGCAAACGUAGCUUUGGCUCGAGAUUGGAUUGACCAGCAAAUGUUAGCCAAUGGUUUUGGGACGAGUGUCUACACUGCUUAACUUUUUGUCUCCAAAGGCCAACAAAGAAACUGAACAGGAAAAAAGCUACGUUGUUAAAGAUAUAACAUAUUUAUAUUGAUAAAUACUAUGUUUAAAGAAAAAAAGAUAAUAAUGAUUUCUUUGUUUCAGGCAGUCGUUUCUAAUAAAAUCUUUUUGGAGCAAGACCAA